GUCACUGUCGUUUCAGCCAGGCGGCGGAGCGGACGGACGUGCCUGGUGCCCCGGGGAGGGGCGCCACCAGGGUAAGAAGAGGGCGAGGAGGUGGAGGUGGAGAGGAAGAGACGUCCUCCCUGUCUGAGACCUCUCGAGGCUCUGACCCCAGAGGCUAGGGGACUGACAAGUUCCUUCACCUCGGCUGCCUGAAGAGCCCACGACCCUGGAGGGCCCUGAGCCCACGGCACCAGGGGCCCCAGCACCGCCCCAGUGGCCUAAAGCGACAGUCUCAGGGACCACUGCAAGGUUUCCAGUUGCCUAGACAACGAACCCAGGGUCAGAGCAACAACCUUUCCAGCCACCUGCCUGGACUGCUGCCUCAGGCACCAGUCCCAACCCCGUGCGUCCAGCCCAGGUGAUAUGCCGGUGCUCUCCACCCCCCAGCCCUCGCGGGUGACCACGCUGAAGCGCACAGCUGUGGUCCUGGCCCUCACGGCCUAUGGAGCCCACAAAAUCUACCCCCUGGUGCGGCAGUGCCUGGCUCCAGCCAGGGGCCCCCAGGUGCCAGCAGGGGAGUCCACACAGGAGGUGUCCGGCGCCACAGCAGCCGUCGCAGCCAAGGCCGGUGUGAACCGGGUGUUCUUGCAGCGACUCUUGUGGCUCCUGCGGCUACUCUUCCCCAAGAUCCUCUGCCGGGAGACGGGGCUGCUGGCACUGCACUCAGCCACCCUGGUGAGCCGGACUUUCUUGUCAGUAUAUGUGGCCCGCCUGGACGGCCGGCUGGCCCGCUGCAUCGUGCGCAAGGACCCACAGGCCUUUGGCUGGCAGCUCUUACAGUGGCUUCUCAUCGCCCUCCCUGCCACCUUCAUCAACAGUGCCAUCCGCUACCUGGAGGGUCAGCUGGCCCUGUCUUUUCGCAGCCGUCUAGUGGCCCACGCCUACAGCCUCUACUUCUCCCAGCAGACCUACUACCGAGUCAGCAACAUGGACGGGCGGCUUCGCAACCCUGACCAGUCCCUGACGGAGGAUGUCGUGGCCUUUGCUGCCUCUGUGGCCCACCUCUACUCCAACCUGACCAAGCCGCUCCUGGAUGUGGCCGUGACCGCCUACACCCUGCUUCGAGCAGCCCGCUCCCGCGGGGCCGGCACAGCCUGGCCCUCGGCCAUUGCUGGCCUCGUGGUCUUCCUCACAGCCAACGUGCUGCGAGCCUUCUCACCCAAGUUUGGGGAGCUGGUGGCAGAGGAGGCACGGCGGAAAGGGGAGCUACGCUACAUGCACUCUCGAGUGGUGGCCAACUCAGAGGAGAUCGCCUUCUAUGGGGGCCACGAGUGGCCCUGCCAGUGUGGUCCAAAUUCCAAACCUCUUGCUACCUCCAGGCUGUGUGAGCUUGGGCAGGUCACUUUGCCUCUCUGGGCUUCAGAGGCCUCCUGUACAACGGACACGAGAGUACACGUGCAACGGGACGUGGUGGAGCUGGCCCUACUGCAGCACUCCUACCAGGACCUGGCUUCGCAGAUCAACCUCAUCCUUCUAGAACGCCUGUGGUAUGUCAUGCUGGAGCAGUUCCUCAUGAAGUAUGUGUGGAGCGCCUCAGGCCUGCUUAUGGUGGCCGUCCCCAUAAUCACCGCCACUGGCUACUCAGAGGCAGACUCAGAGGCCUUGAAGAAGGCAGCCUCAGAGAUGAGGGAGGAGGAACUGGUGAGCGAGCGCACAGAAGCUUUCACCAUAGCCCGCAACCUCCUCACAGCUGCUGCUGAUGCCAUUGAGCGGAUCAUGUCAUCCUACAAGGAGGUGACAGAGCUGGCCGGCUACACAGCCCGGGUACAUGAGAUGUUCCAGGUAUUCGAAGAUGUCCGGCACUGCCGUUUCAAGCGGCCUGGGGAGCCCGAGGACACUCAGGCAGGGCCCGGAGCCAUGGUAAAGUCUGGUGUCCGUGUGGAGGGACCCUUGCAGAUCCGAGGCCGAGUGGUGGAUGUGGAGCAGGGAAUUGUUUGUGAGAACAUCCCCAUCAUCACACCCGCAGGAGAGGUGGUGGUGGCCAGCCUCAACAUCAGGGUGGAGGAGGGCAUGCACCUGCUCAUCACGGGGCCCAACGGCUGCGGCAAGAGCUCUCUGUUCCGGAUCCUUGGGGGGCUCUGGCCCACGUACGGUGGCGUGCUCUACAAGCCCCCGCCACAGCGCAUGUUCUACAUUCCUCAGAGGCCCUACAUGUCCGUGGGCUCCUUGCGCGACCAGGUGAUCUACCCAGACUCGGUGGAGGACAUGCGAAGGAAGGGCUAUUCAGAGCAGCACCUGGAAGCCAUUCUGGACAUCGUGCACCUGAACCACAUCCUGCAGCGGGAAGGAGGUUGGGAGGCCACAUGUGACUGGAAGGACGUUCUGUCGGGGGGCGAGAAGCAGAGAAUCGGCAUGGCCCGCAUGUUCUACCACAGGCCCAAGUAUGCCCUCCUGGAUGAAUGUACCAGUGCUGUGAGCAUUGACGUGGAAGGCAAGAUCUUCCAGGCAGCCAAGGAUGCAGGCAUUGCCCUGCUUUCCAUCACCCACCGACCCUCCCUAUGGAAGUACCACACACACUUGCUACAGUUCGAUGGGGAGGGCGGCUGGAAGUUCGAGAAGCUUGACUCGGCCGCCCGCCUGAGCCUGACCGAGGAGAAGCAGCGGCUUGAGCAGCAGCUGGCAGGCAUUCCCAAGAUGCAGCGGCGCCUCCAGGAGCUCUGCCAGAUCCUGGGCCAAGGCCUCCAGGGCGCCACCACCUGACAGAGGGCCGCGGCUUGGCUCUCAGCCCUUGCCCCUCCCCAAGCCCUCGGAUCACAUGAAGGACACAGCAGCGCCUGCCCACUCACCCCCACACCCAGCAUGCCUUUCCCUCCUCCGAGGCCUCCUGGCCACCGGCCUUCCCUGCCUAGAGGACUGCCAGCAACUCCGAGUGCCCCUCCAUGUCCCCGCCUUCUGGCAAGUAGACAUGGAGGGUCCUCCCCUGCUGCCUGCCCCACCCCUGCCCCUUUCCCUGCCCCACUGUGACUGUGACCUGGGCAGGGUGGCUGAGUCCUUUCUUCUCUUUGGGGAGGGGGCGAGGGGAGGGGGUGAGCCCCAGCUCACACUGCCAGCCAGUCUGGGCCAAGCCUCCGCAUUUGUGCGGCAUCUCCCUCCUGAGACAAGUCCCCCAUUAUCCCCUCCUCUUCCGUCCCUUGGAGACCUCAUGGUCCAUCCCUGUAUUGCCACCACCCAAGUGGCCCGCAGAGGCUCCCGUCCCAUGGGACGCCCUUCCUGCCAUAGAAACAGCCAAACGGGACCCACGGCCAGACAGGGCCCAUCAUCUGCGCCCCUUCUGCCCGCCAGGAGAAAGACUUGUGCAGCGUUUCCUAGCGAACGAUGAUAAGAAUGUUGUCCCUGUCCCUCUCGGUCCCCAGCCUUCUCUCCUUCUUCAAGCUAAUUUAUUGGAUACCUAUUAGCAGCCAUCUGGAUUCCCAAUGUGAGCACCCGCCAGCAGGGGAGGCGGCCCGGGUUGCGGUCCUUCCACGGGUGGCCCAGCCUCUCAAGCAGCCCCCAGCCGGCCGUCGCCCCACCAGUCUACACUGCCAGCUGCCACGGGGGACGGGGGUUGGGCAGGCCAACCGAAGCGAGAGAUGGAUGCUGGCACUGCCAGGCGUGAGGGCACCGGUGUUCCCAGCUCAGUGCCAAAGACGGGUCAGCUGGGGGAGCUGUCUCUGCAAAGCCAGCCCCCAUAGGGGAGGGAGACCCCACCGCCGCCGCAGUGCCUUUCCGGGCCCCCAGCCCUCGGGCCAGGGAGCCUCCCUCAGUCGCUCAGUAAAAACCUCUGUGG